GGUUGGAAAAAGCUGUAGAGGGAUAAACCGGCGGGGUGGAUAUAUGUGUGUUCGCGUUUUUGUUCUUAACAAUUAUUUAAUUCCCUUUUCGAAACUGCGGACUGACACACAAGUGGAAGGCAAAUUGGGGUGUAUUCCGUCGUGUACCACUUUGACGAGAUCGUACUAAUUCGUCACGUUGUUCUGAUCAAACCGAUCAGAUCAGACGUCUUCGGAUAUUGUCCUGUGUGGAUACGUUACCCAUUAGGAUAAAGACAGCCAGCAAUCAAACUAGUGCAGUGGUUUAAUCUAAACAGACGAUGAGUACCCUGGAAUCUGUGGAUCGAGUCGAGUUGUGCGAGAGUCUGUUGACAUGGAUUCAGACGUUUGGAGUGGAGGCGGCGUGUAAAACAGUGGAGGAUCUGACCAGUGGGGUGGUCAUGGCCCAGGUCCUGCAGAAGAUCGAUCAUGUGUAUUUCAAUGACAACUGGAUAAGCCGGAUUAAGCCUGAAGUGGGGGAUAAUUGGAGAUUAAAGAUCAGCAACCUAAAGAAAAUCUUAAAAGGAAUCUUGGACUACAACCAGGAGAUCCUUGGCCAGCAGAUUAAUGACUUCACACUCCCAGAUGUCAACCUCAUCGGCGAGCACUCAGACGCAGCCGAACUGGGCAGGAUGCUGCAGCUCAUCCUGGGCUGUGCAGUCAACUGUGAACAGAAGCAAGAGUACAUCCAGACAAUCAUGAUGAUGGAAGAGUCUGUGCAGCAUGUUGUCAUGACAGCCAUCCAGGAGCUGAUGAGCAAAGAGACGCCGGUCACAGGAGGAAGUGAUACCUACGCUGAUCUUGACAGACAGCUCAAGAAGACGGUGGAGGAGCUAAACGAUGCUCUGUCCACCAAAGAGGAGAUUGCCCAGCGCUGCCACGAGCUAGACAUGCAGGCCUACCUCGUUCAAGAAGAACGUGAUAGACUGAGGUUAGAGUAUAUUGAACUAGAAGAAAGGGUGGCGGGGUUGCAGGAGGAGAAGAGCAGCCUGCUGGCGGAGAACCAGGUGCUGAUGGAGCGGCUCAACCAGUCCGACUCCAUCGAGGACCUGAACAGCCCCGCCGGCCGCAGACACCUGCAGCUGCAGACCCAGCUGGAGCAGCUGCAGGAGGAGACCUUCAGGUUGGAGGCAGCCAAGGACGACUACAGGAUCCGCUGUGAGGAGCUGGAGAAGGAGCUGCUGGAGCUAAGGGGCCAGAACGAGGACCUGACCUCCCUGGCCGACGAGGCACAGUCGCUCAAGGACGAGAUGGAUGUGCUCAGGCACUCCUCUGAUAAGGUGUCCAAGCUGGAGGGGAUGGUGGACUCGUACAAGAAGAAGCUGGAGGACAUGGGGGACCUGCGGCGGCAGAUGAAGCUGCUGGAGGAGAAGAACAACGUGUACAUGCAGAACACCGUCAGCCUGGAGGAGGAGCUGAAGAAGGCCAACGCCACACGCGGUCAGCUGGAGACCUACAAGAGACAGGUGGUGGAGCUGCAGAACAGACUGUCCGAGGAGUCCAAAAAGGCGGACAAGAUGGAGUUUGAGUACAAACGUCUCAAGGAGAAGGUUGACUCCCUCCAGAAAGAGAAAGAUCGCAUGCGGACAGAGAGAGAUUCGCUGAAGGAGACCAUUGAGGAGCUGCGUUGUGUCCAGGCCCAGGAAGGCCAGCUCACAGCAGGCAUGGGUCUAAUGGGCAGUAAUGAGGGCUCCGAUUCACUGGCUGCUGAAAUCAUGACGCCAGAAAUCCGGGAGAGACUCAUCAGACUCCAGCAUGAGAAUAAGAUGCUGAAGAUCAACCAAGAGGGCUCGGACAAUGAGAAGAUCGCUCUUCUGCAGAGCCUGCUGGAGGAUGCAAACAGCAGGAAAAAUGAGCUGGAGACAGAAAACAGGCUGGCCAACCAGAGACUGCUGGAGGGGCAGGGCCAGGUGGAGGAGCUCCAGAAGACCCUCCAGGAGCAGGGUCUCAAAGCUGAUGAUGCCAUUGCGAUCAUGCUGAAGAAGAAGUUUGAUGAGCAAUUGAUUAAACUGAAAGAGGUGACCAGUGAACUUCAGAAGAAGAACACCCACAUCGAAGACAUGGAAUCAAAGAGCAGCCAGACCUCUCAAAAGGUGGAGGAGCUGGAAGAGGCCUUGAAGAAGAAAGAUGAGGACAUGAAACAGAUGGAGGAGAGAUAUAAGAAAUAUCUGGAGAAGGCCAAGAGUGUUAUCCGGACUCUGGAUCCCAAACAGAACCAAGGUUCGGCUCCCGAGGUUCAGGCCCUGAAGAACCAGCUGCAGGAGCGGGAGAGGAUGCUACACUCCCUGGAGAAAGAAUACGAUAAGACAAAAACACAGCGGGACCAGGAAGAGAAGCUGAUCGUGUCAGCGUGGUACAACAUGGGCAUGGCCCUCCAAAAGAAGGCGGCGGAAGACCGACUGGCCAGCACAGGCUCAGGUCAGUCGUUCCUGGCCCGCCAGCGGCAGGCCACCAACACGCGUCGUACCUACCCUGGCCACGUGCAGCCCACCUCAGCCAGUGAUGUGAUUGCAUGACCGGCAGGGCGAGCUUGGAAGUGGGUGCAUGACCGUGCUGCUUGCAUGACUUAAUUUGCGUUGAGCCUGCAGAAAUAACCCAAUCAACACUAACCCUCCCACAGCCUCUCCCCCCUCCUACCCCCCACGCUUCUUCCCACCUGUCAUGUGGACCGCCGGGGUGGGGGAGGAGAUUCAGUCGUAAGUCUGGAUGUUCAGGAGACCCCCCUACCCCCCCCCUGAAACAAAUCUAUAAUUCCUCCCACCCCGCAACACCUUCCUGGGCCCUUACCAUUUCUACAGGGACAGAUGGGCUUGCAAGGCACUGUCUUGGGCUGGAGUGAGAGGCGCAGGCGAGGUGUAUGUAUAGGGAGAGCAGGAAGUAGGUUUUUGUUUUGCCUACUUCCAAGAUGGCCCCUGACCAGGUUUGACAGAUCCAGAGGUGGCAGAAUGAACUAGGAGGGAAUGGGUUCAUGUUAGCCUCCUACACUACCUAGAUGACCACUUUGACUAUUUUCGAGUAGUCGGCUGGACACCUUAAUGAAACUGCUCAGAGAAGCAAGUGAAAGGGUCUGGGACUGAGUUGUCAGCAAAUGAUCAAGCAGAAACCUUUUUGCUAAUAUGAAAUUAAAUGAAGACCACAUGAUUCCUGUAUUUUCCAAUUCAAAGCCCUUUCUAAUCAAUUUUCCUUAUUUGUUUUGCCACUAUGUUAUUUAAUUUAACUGUUAUGCCUUUUAUGCAAUACAGAGUGUUACUUUUA